AAUGAAAAAGAAAUCAAAGAAAAAUCAUAAAAAGAAACAUCAUUCUUCAUCAUCUUCGUCUUCUUCUAAAUCAUCUAAAUCAAGAUCAAGAUCAAGAUCAGAAUCAAAAUCUUAGAAAUCAAAAUCAAAUUAAUUUAAUAAAGAAAAGACAAUUGAUUCUACUAUUCAAGAUCAGUAUGAAAAUAUAUUAUAUUAGAUCAACUACACGACCCUAUAAAGUAAAUAAAUUUGCACUUGGAUCUAUGCUUUUUGAAAAUAGAAGAACCAAUGAUAGAAUGGAUAAAAGUGAAGUGUAAAAUGCAAAUACUUUACUUAAGAAAAUAGAUAAAUCAGGAAGAGAUGCUGUAUUAUUAUCAGCUGCAAUAAAUACAGUUCAAUAGGAUAACAAAAGAGAAGAGUAAGUAGAUUUUAAUUUGAUUUAGAUACUAAAUUGAAUUAGUAAAUGGAUAGUAUAUUAAGAUAGCCAAACCAUAUAGUUGUGGAUUUAGUAAUUGUUAGAUGAGAUUUGUAACAACAGAAGAAUUAACAAAACAUUUAAAAGAACAUGAUAGAGUAUAAUCAAUGAAAAAUACACAAAGAGCUUAAAAGUUUAUGGAAAAUUUAUGA